UGGUAAUGAGACUUUUUCUUCACAUUCUCCAGAUAUGUAUAUUCCCGAGAAAAUGAGGGAAAGUAUCUUCUAAUCGGGAAAAACAUCUCCACGUUCCUUGCCCGUCUCGUAGGUUACGCAUCAGCAGCUGGGUUUUGUCUGGCAAAACUAUAACCAAAAGCUUCCUUUCUUAUAAAUUGCCUUACGUUUUAAGGUGUUCUCUUCUCACUUCUUCCCCAUGAUUCAUCUUGACUCCACAAAUUCAGGGCAAUCUUUGAUUCUCUUUGGUCUUUGAUUUGAGGAUUAAUUUGUUUUCUAAAGGUGUCUGCUGAUUCAAUUGAGUAUGGAGAAGAAACGAGAUGUUUCUGAGUACAGAGAGAGACUUAAUGAGACCUUGUCGUCUCCUGAGCUCAUUAAUGAGCAAACUCUUAAAACCCUAGUCAGAAAACAACUCAAUGAAGAGUGUAGUGUUGAUAUAUUGGAUCAAAGAGUAGCUGCUUUAUCCAGUACAAUUGAGAAGCUUAGGAGUGUAUCAACAAAGGAUCAAGACUUGUCUAAAUCAAGCACCGAGGCAUCUUAUGGUGAUUGGAAAUGUUUUCUUGUUUAUAGGUGAAACAUGAUGAUAAAGAUUGUCGUGUUAUGUACCGUGAAGGACUUAAAGGAAGUCCAUUUCAUACAUUGCUCGUUGAAGGUUGCACUGAUGGGACUAUCGAAGACUGUUUAUGUGUAUGCUGGGAAUCAUCAUUCUAUGAGAAAUGGUGGCCAAAGUUGACAUUUCCGUCAUUCAGGGUCUUAGAAGCUAAAUGCUUGCAAAAGUUUAGGAUUGAUGAACAGAUAUGUUUACUGAGGGUGAAAGCACCGUGGCCACUGACAGACAGAGAAGCUGUUCUGCAGUUUUUCGUAUUCGAAUACUUUAAAGAUGAUUUAGUCAUCAUCCUACUUAACUCGAUCGAAGUGGAGAGCGGCAGUGUAGCUGAAGUGAAUGCGGUGAGGAUUGACUUCGUAGGCGGAGUUGCGAUACAAAAAGUGACUCCAGAGAAGAGUUACAUAAGAUUUAUAGCGGAAGUGGAUAUAAAGCUGGACUUGGUUCCUCCAUCUCUUAUUAAUUUUAUGUCUAGGCAGCUUCUUGGUAACGGUUUCAAACUUUUCAAGAAGACUAUUGGUUCGGUGGCUGAAUCCGAUGAUUACAAGACAGUUUUAGCUGAUCCAUUGUAUACUCAUAUACGUGAAGCUCUGUAUUCUAGUGAUAAAACUGAUGAAAUCUGCCAAGUAAAUGAGCUUCAUAGCCAACAAGGAAGAGAUUGUGAAGAGAAAGAACCCAAGUUGGAAGCUGAUGAUGAUAUGGAAAAAGAGAAUGAGACUCGAGACUGCGAGAAUGAAUCUGUACCUUGCAAAAGAGAUGUUCCUGAGAUCGAGGAAGAAGAAUGUGUUGAUGAUUUAAAGGAAGAAAACAAAAGUUCUCCUUCUUCUUCUUCUUCUUCUUCUUCUUCUUCUGAGGAUGAAGACAAGAAUGGCAAAACACGUUUCUGCAUAAGUCCGGAGGUGAAGCAAGCUUUAGGGACAUUAGAGAGAGUAAUAUCAAUGGUUAGAAAAUCCAAAACAGAUAAUAAUAAUACAUCAACCUCUUCGGAGGAAGAAGAAGAAGAAGCAUCAUCAUCUCCAAUGCAGCAUUCAGGGAGCACUCAGAUUGUUUCUAGUAGCAAAGUUUGUAUUCAAGAUCCUAACACUGAACUUCUCGAUGAAGCAUCCUUUGCACAUUAUCACAACAGCAACAAAAUAGCUCCUGCAUCACCCGAGAUCGAUCUUACAACAAACUCUGAGGUAACAAGGAUAACAGUCUCGCAAGCAACAAAUCUUUUCUGCCAAACAACAGAGAAUAGUGACGACAAUUACAAACCGAGCGGUUUAAACGGAGGUAAGAGCUCAAAUCUGCAGAGGAAACGUAAACCGAGCUGCUUUGGUUUCAGGUUUUGGAGAAGAAGGACUUGAAAUUGUCAUUGGUAAAUCCAAAUAUUUUGUCUCUUUGAAGUUGCAGAUCAUUAUAUACAAGGAAACAUAGUGUUAAGAUUUUGAGAGCAAGUGUUUCAAUAAAAAUGUAACCAUAGAAAGAAGAUACAAUAAAGUUGUGUAUGAAUAAACCGAAACUUAAUAUGGUUAACUCAAAACAAACCGGUUCGGUUCGUGAGUAAACCGAAUAAGCCCUAAAUGGCUAAUGGGCUUG